CACACAUAUACACACGUACACACACAUACAUACAAACACACCCACCCACACACCCAAAUACCCACUCCUCCAGCCGCUCAGCGCUUCUACAGCUGGGCAGUCAGUGUGGACCGGUGGUGAUUCAGGCUGCUGUGUGUUUUGUGUGGUGUGGAGUUUCUCAUACCGCGGAGAAGAGGCUCUCUCUCACUCUCUCUCUCUCUCUCUGACACACACACACACACGUACACUCACAGACUCACACACACACAGAGAGAGGCUUUUGAGCGCGUGGAGGCAGGAGCCUCAGGGAUUUACUUCAUCUUUUGGCUGGGUAGCAGACGGACCGACGGACGGAUAAAGAUGGGGCUGCACUGGGACGGCGUGAGGCGGACUCCUCUGCUGCUGCUCGGACUGACCGCACUGUUUUCUCAGGCUCAAGCUAACGUCCUGGACGCCAUGUUACUGAGGAAUUCUGGGAAGGCGGCUGCGGACAGCAGCAAAGAGGCCAGUGGCGGCACGGCUCCGGCUCCGGCUCUGCCCCAGCGGCUGCUCUGGUGCUACUGCUACCACCACUGCCCCGAGGACUCCAAGAACAACACCUGCAGGACGGAUGGUUUCUGCUUCACCAUGGUGGAGGAGGAGGACGGCGGCGUGCCCGUCCUGACCUCUGGCUGCCUGGGGCUGGUGGGCUCCGAGUUCCAGUGCAGGGACACGGGGAACUCUCGUCAGAGGAGAACACUAGAGUGCUGCACUGACCAGGACUACUGCAACAGAGACCUGCGCCCCACCCUGCCCCCGCUGCAAACCCCCAAUUAUGUGGAUGGGAACAUACACCACAUGGCUCUGCUCAUCUCAGUGACGGUCUGCAGCAUCAUCCUGUCACUCAUCAUCGUCUUCUGCUACUUCAGGUACAAGCGUCAGGAGUCUCGUCCCCGCUACAGCAUGGGCCUGGAGCAGGACGAGACGUUCAUCCCCCAGGGGGAGUCUCUGAAGGACCUGAUCGAGCAGUCGCAGAGCUCAGGCAGCGGCUCAGGGCUCCCUCUGCUGGUGCAGCGCACCAUCGCCAAGCAGAUCCAGAUGGUGAAGCAGAUUGGUAAGGGCCGCUACGGCGAGGUGUGGAUGGGCAAGUGGCGCGGGGAGAAGGUGGCCGUCAAAGUGUUCUUCACCACAGAGGAGGCCAGCUGGUUCCGCGAGACCGAGAUCUACCAGACAGUGCUGAUGAGGCACGAGAACAUACUGGGCUUCAUCGCAGCCGACAUCAAAGGCACGGGCUCGUGGACGCAGCUCUACCUGAUCACCGACUACCACGAGAGCGGCUCGCUCUACGACUACCUCAAGUCCACCACGCUGGACACCAAGGCCAUGCUCCGGCUGGCCUACUCUUCCGUGUCGGGCCUGUGCCACCUGCACACGGAGAUCUUCGGCACGCAGGGCAAGCCGGCCAUCGCCCACCGCGACCUCAAGAGCAAGAACAUCCUGGUCAAGAAGAACGGCACCUGCUGCAUCGCUGACCUUGGCCUGGCAGUCAAGUUCAUUAGCGACACAAAUGAAGUGGACAUCCCCCCCAACACACGGGUGGGCACCAAGCGCUUCAUGCCCCCCGAGGUCCUGGACGAGAGCCUCAACCGCAACCACUUCCAGUCCUACAUCAUGGCCGACAUGUACAGCUUCGGGCUCAUCCUGUGGGAGAUCGCCAGGAGAUGCGUGUCUGGAGGCAUAGUAGAAGAAUACCAGUUACCGUACCACGACCUUGUGCCCACUGACCCUUCAUAUGAAGACAUGAGGGAAGUGGUGUGCAUCAAGAGGUUACGACCUUCAUUCCCCAACAGAUGGAGCAGCGACGAGUGCCUGAGACAGAUGGGCAAACUAAUGACCGAGUGCUGGGCCCAGAACCCCGCCUCUCGCCUCACCGCCCUGCGCGUCAAGAAGACCCUGGCCAAGAUGUCAGAGUCCCAGGACAUUAAGCUCUGAGAGGGGAGACCACGAGGCCCGGCAGAAAAAGACAUAUCGCUUCAGCUACCCACAAUCCCUUGCUCCGCUGGGUCGGAACAGGAGGCCCGAUAGGGUCGGGUUGGGCACAGUAGCCGCCCCGCACAGAAGUCCAGAAGGAAGGGGGGUGGGCGGCUUGGUAGAGGAGCCGGAGAGAGAGAGAGAGAGAGAGACGAGAGGUGGGAAGACUUGUGUUGGGGGGGGGGGUUGUGUUUUGGGGGAUGGGUUCGGGUGGGUAAAUCUAACAGAGUGAAUUAUUUAGUGGAAGAUGCCUGGAUGUGGUCAGCAGGCAGUGCUUUUAAAAGGAAGCUGCCUCCCCUUGAUCUCUGCGCUCGUAGCCCGCAAGGACAGCCAGCGGUGCAGAUGGCCAGCAGAAACGCUUCUACUCGUGCUUUCUGUGAAAGCUUUACUGUAUUAGACUGCAAACGUCUGUUGCUGUUGUUGUUGUUGUUGAUUUUCUUCCAGAGGAGAGAAGCUGAGCAGACGGAGUUGAGGGAUCACAGGGGGUGGGGGUUAGGGGUGGGUGAGUAGAGGGGUAGAGCCCAAAGUUUGUAAAGGAAGGAUCUGCUCUGAUAAUCAGAGGCCUCAGCUCAGUAUUGACUUUUUCCUCUCCUUUCCUCUGCUUCCGUUUCCCCGGGUGACGGCUGGCCUGGUUUGUGUGUUGACCAGAGGACAAGGGGCAAGAUAAAUCAAGAUUGGCUGUGUAUCUUUUUUUUCUGUCUCUAUCUUUCUCUUUUUAGUUCUCUUGAACUUUGUUAGUUGUGCACUGGCUGGUGGUAUACCUGAACCAAAGACUGAAGUAAUGUAGAGGUCAUUUGAGGUGAGCAUCAGAUGUGUCUCUGCAUUCUCUGGCAGUGAGUGGAUUGUAAUUCUAGGUUAGGUCUCAUUGUGACACACACAGACAUGGGCACACACACACACACACACACAUGCACACACGGUAGGACGUGACAGUGUUGAGGCCUUACCAUUUCAGUUCACUUUCACUUCAGCUAUGUUUGUUUCACAAAAUCCUUUGUGAGUUUUGAAGCCGUCCAUGGGUUUCAGUACCCUGUAAGUGGUGGGACACUGACCUUCAUCUGUGUGUGUGUGUGUGAGAUAUCUAGGGCCACUGUAUGGCACUGGAGUUCUAGUUCCUGUAGAAUGUUCUGGAUUGAUUUUUCGGGCAGUUCAGAUUUAGUGUCUCGCCAGUUUUUGUAGCUGAGACUUGUGUUGUUGUGUUUGGGUGUAACUGCAGGGGCCAGUGUCUCGCCCUCUCUCGGCUGGUCCAGUGGCCUUUAUGCACACAAAAAAGUUCUACAGCCUCAAGGCCGAGGUACACUUCAUGCCUUUGUGCAAUACGGAUACGGACGUGCGCAUUGGUGUGUCCCAAGUUUACUUGUUUUUUUGUGCUGUUGCAGACGAGCGGAUACGGACAAGCUGAGUGUGUGAGCGCUACGACCUUAUUGUGCUGAGCACCUGCAAACUUCACACAUGCGCAGUCAAUACGGACAUGUCCGUACGGACACAAAAGUUUGCUGCGGCACGGACAGUCUGUACGGACUCUGCGGAUGAUGACAUUUGCAUCAUUCGCACCACGCGGACACCGUACGCAGACCAUGUCCGCAGAAGUAUACCUAACGCUUGAAGCAAACUCUAGCAGUGACAUCCAGCACACAGCAUUUUUAUUUUUGAUAGGAGAGGACAAGCAUGGUGUGUUACAUGUCCUGUCGUGUCUUGAUAGCUAACUCUGGUGAAAAAGACGUACAGUUAGUUGUUUUUUCCUAAAUCCAAGCAUUUCCUAUACAAACAGACCGUUCAGUCUGAAUAGAAGGUGCUACUCCAGCAACUUAAAGUCCACCCACCUGCUAAAGAGAGGAGCCUCAGGUUCCCCUGACUGCUUGUUUACUUCUGUUAGCUGGCUAACCGGGUGAACAUACAUCACGACCCUCCCUCCACUGUUCAACACAAUCAGUGUCUCUCUUGUUUGCUGUGUAUGUACAGGAUGGAGCCCUUCUUCCCCCCUCUUCCGCAGGGCGUGUGCCUUAUUUAACCUGUACAGAACUGUAAAUGAGUGUGGAUGAAUGUGAUAUAUGUGCUAGGCUUUACAUUCCCUAAUAAAAUGUAAUUCAGUACCCCCAAAA